AUGUUUCCCACACGCGCGCUAUUAGGCCGAUCGUCUUCCUCUACCUCGUGUCUUCCCCCUCCGCCAAAUACACCCCCAAUCCGCACCCAGAAGCGCGCUGCAACUAUCCUGCCCAAUUUCGUUGGCUUGCGCUUUGCUGUCCACAAUGGAAAGACAUACCAGGAGAUUCAAAUAACUGAGGAGAUGGUCGGUAGAAAACUCGGAGAAUACGUUGCGACCCGCAAGCGUUUCACAUACAAGCAAUCUAAGAACAAAUAA